UUGCAAUACCUGCAUGCCAGGGACAGCCUGCCAAGGGCUUACACGAGCCCUCUUCCGGUUUCGUAAGGUCAAGGUCCCUAGAAACUUGCCAAAGAACUUCUCGGACCUCAGGUCUUCUGCCACCAUGUGGCUCUGGGCUCUCCUUCCUGUGCUCCUAGCUGUAGGAGGUAUUGUCGGCUUCUGGGUUGUGUAUGCCAUGGCUGUUGAAAAUGGAUCUGUAAACAUCACAGAAGUUUUUCCAUAUAUCAGCACAUGUGGCUCCUCCCCACCCCAGAGCUGUGUCUUUGGUCAAGUUCUUAAUCUAGGAGCUUUUCUAGGUGUGGUGAUCUGCUUUCUGAAAUACCAACAGGUGCGGGACUAUGGCUGUCGCUCCCGUUUAAAUCUAGUUGGGCUCAUUUUCGGCCUACUCUGUGCCCUCGGCUCGUCUAUUGUGGGCAAUUUCCAGGAAAAAAACCAGAUAGAAACCCAUUUAGUUGGGGCCUUCUUGGCUUUUGUGGUGGGCAUCCUUUAUUUCUGGGUCCAAACAUUCCUGACCCACCGAGUGAAGCCGAGGCACGGAGGAUGGUGGAUCGGGCCCCUCAGAUUCUCCCUCAGCUUUUGUGGUUCUGCCUUUCUCAUUGCCACGAUUGUGCUCUUUUGCCUGAAGCUGAAUUCUGAGGCAGCCUACUGCGAAUGGGCCCUGGCCAUGGUCCUCUUCCUUCUCUUUGGGCUCUUUGCUGUGGAUUUCUGGCACAUGGGGACCUGCUCAGUCCACGUCUAUCACCAGCGGGCAGACCAAGCAGCUCAAGACAUGCAGGCGUCAACGCAGACUCUCCCUCUCUGAUACCUCCUAGGGACAUGGGGGGAAGAAUGGGUCUCUGUGAAACUUUCCACACACAGUUGGAAUCCUUUUCCAGUGGGCCGGAUCAUGCCCCGCCAUGUCCUCUGAUGGCGAGUGAAGUAGUUCCCAGCUUUUCUGCUGGGGGAGGGACAGUGUGGGA